UUCCUCUACAGGUUCUUCGGCAGCCACCUUGGACUUUAUCCGUACCCGCAGAGUAGAAAAGGGUGCCUACUCUCCGUCUCAAUUGAAUUCUCUCAAUUGAUUAUAUAGAGAUUGAUUCAAACGUCGAGUAUCUUCGACUUGUCAUACACAGUCCUCCAGCAGGUCCCUCCGAUCGUUCCAACCUCUGUAUUCGAACCCCACUACACACCACACCCAUGGGCGAACUCCUUCCCAGCUUGGAACUACCCCCAGAGGCCGUCAAGAACCGCGCAAUGGAGAAGAUAACAGACAAGAUCGCGGCUUUGCCCGCGGGGCAAGAUUACUUCUCGCUCGAGUUCUUCCCUCCCAAGACCGCCAUGGGCUUUUCCAACCUUCGAGGUCGCCUCGAUCGCAUGGCAAGGGCCUUGCGCCCGCUCUUUGUCAACGUCACCUGGGGCGCAGGAGGCUCGACGGCGACCAAGUCCCUCGAGCUCGCCGAGAUCUGCCAGAGGGAGCUGGGGCUCACGACAUGUCUGCACCUUACCUGCACCAACAUGAGCCGCCGUCUCAUUGACAAGGCUCUCGACGACGCAAAGGCCCUCGGCGUCCGCAACAUUCUCGCUCUGAGAGGAGACCCACCGCGGCGGGCCGAGUACCGCGACAUCAACGAUUCGGAGCCCGAGGAAGAAGAGGAGUUCUCGUGGGCCGUCGACCUCGUCCGCUACAUCCGCAAGACGCACGGGGACUACUUCUGCAUCGGUGUCGCCGCAUACCCCGAGGGCCACGCCGACGAGAGCCACCCACUGGGCCAGAGCCUGGAGCACGACCUGCCGUACCUGGUGGACAAGACACAGGCCGGCGCCGACUUCAUCAUGACACAGCUGUUCUUCGACAUUGAAGCGUACAGGCACUUUGAGAAGACGCUGCGCGAGCACCCAAGCGGCGCCUUCAAGGACAUCCCCAUCCUUCCCGGUCUCAUGCCAAUUCAAAGCUACCAGAUGAUCAAGCGGACCACAAAACUCAGCCACGCCAAGAUUCCCGGUGCUCUCAUGGCGCGGUUAGAUGCGGUCAAGGGCGACGACGAGAAGGUGAAGGAGGUGGGCGUGGAUAUCCUGAGCGAAAUCGUGGAGCAGAUCAGGGAGAUCAAGAGCAGGACCGAGGGGCCCAGGGGCUUCCACUUUUACACACUCAACCUAGAAAAGGCCGUCUCGUUCAUCGUCGAGCGUACGGGUCUGAUUUCCCCCGUAACCCCCGACGGGGAAGAAAUAGCCGUGGCACAAAACCCGCUGCCCGAAAUCCGGCUCCUGCGCGUCAACGGGUCGACCCCUGAUCAAUCCUCGCACGAACCCCUGCGGCGCAAAGCGUCUGUCGGUUCCGACCCCCGCGACCGGGUCAUUGUUCCGGGCCGAUCCACCUCCCACCCGGAUUGGGAGGCCACGGCGCUCGAGGCGAGCGUACCCGCCGAGCCGAUCAACUCGCGCGCCAACACGCUAGCCAUAUCCGAAGGCGAGGGCGUGCUCGGGCGCGAGGCGACGUGGGACGACUUCCCCAACGGGCGGUGGGGCGACGCGCGGUCGCCGGCCUACGGCCAGAUCGACGGCUACGGCGUCAGCCUGCACGUUACGGUCGCGCAGGCGCGCCAGCUGUGGGGCACGCCGACUUCACCGGACGACGUCAGCGCCAUUUUCAUCCGUCACCUGCGCGGCGAGCUAACCACCAUACCCUGGAACGAAGAGAGCUUCAGCGCCGAGACGGACCAGAUCCGCGACCGGCUGGUGGCCCUCAACGCCAAGGGCUGGUGGACGCUCGCGUCGCAGCCGGCGGUGAAUGGGCUGCGCUCCGACGACCCGACGUUUGGCUGGGGACCGCAGAACGGGUUCGUGUUCCAGAAGGCAUUUGUCGAAUUCUUUUGCCCGAGCAAGGACUGGAGAGUGCUCGAGGAGAGGCUGACGCAGCCUGGGAUGAGGGACGUCGUGUGCUUUUACGCGACGAACGUGAAGGGGGAUUUUGUCAGCUCCGACACCGCGCUGCCGCCGCCGCCGGCGGGAGGAGGAGGUGGUGAGGCGAGCACAAAUGCCGUUACCUGGGGGGUGUUCCCCGGCAAGGAGAUUGUCACGCCCACCAUCAUCGAGGAGGUCAGUUUCCGCGCGUGGAGCGAGGAGGCGUUUGGGAUCUGGCGCGAGUGGGCAAAGAUCUAUGAGCCCGGGUCCGAAAGCGAGAGGUUCUUGGAAAGUGUCAGGGUGGAUGCGUGGUUGGUAAAUAUCAUCCAUCAUGACUUUGUCGAUGCUGAUGCUCUGUGGGAGUUUUUGUUAAAAUGAGAAGUGGUUGGGUGGGCUAAGGGGCGUAGCAUGUAGUGUUUGGCGACGGAGAUAAGUGGGCGCAUUGCAGACUCUGGCAAAAAGGGGGCGAAGGGUUAGUGUAUGACAGCCUGGACUGGCCUUGGUAUUUACAAGGUCGGCGCUGCAACUGCGGACAAUCUAUCCAGUGCAUCUACG